GCAGUUCACAGUUUCGCCGUUUUGUUGUAUUGUUUGCGAGAAAUGUAUUUCAAGGCAGGCAGGCAUACCACAGCGGACAACCCAACAGAAAGUGGUUUUACGAUUUUCGAUCACCGUGUAUAUGCACUUUCUUCUCGCACAGAUUGGCUGUGUUUAGAUUGAUAGUGUGGGGGUGGGUAGUAGAGCCAAUCAUCCAUUGAAAGGAUGAGAUCGUGGUCAGUUCCAUUCUGAGUCUGCAGCCAGGAUGAUUGAAUAUACAGAGCGAUAUUUCCGAGGAUUAGAUUUGUGGUCGCUGGGGGUAGAUGAAGCCUUUGUCAAUGCUACCGUCGGUGGUUUGCGGGGCUACUACCUGUACUCACUAUCGGACGAAUGUGAUAAGUGCCCCUAUACGAAGAUUCGUGAAAUCAAACCAAAGAACGACGAUGAUAACGUGUUCAAAGUGGAUGUGUCGCGGAAGCUGGGCUUCAAAAUUUUCGAUCGAGAUGUCGGAAAAUACGCUUUUGAUAAUGAGUCUUUUGUGUGCCAAUUUGAUGCAAAUUUGGGUGAGUUUGGUGUCUACGAUUUGACGGUGGAUGAUACUAUUGCACGUCAUUGCUCAUUGGAAACGGCCAAAACGCCGGUCAACAUUUAUUUGCCCUUCCUCACGAUAGCCCUCCUGGCCCUAGCGUUAAUCACAAUUUUGAAAUGUGGAUUAAAAUUCUACCGCCGGGCAAGUCCCCCGGAGGUUCCCCUCACGGCGGCCAGUCCCACCAACAGUAGCGCCAGCGGCCAACCUAAUGAGUCGCGGAAACCAAGGCUCCAGAGCUUAGACACGUUCCGCGGAAUUGCCAUUAUGCUAAUGAUUUUCGUCAACAGCGGCGGUGGACAUUACUGGUGGAUCGAACACGCCACAUGGAACGGACUGCACGUGGCUGAUCUUGUGUUCCCGUGGUUUUUGUUCAUCAUGGGUGUGUGUAUUCCGAUUUCUUUGCGUUCUCAAAUGUCACGAAAUGUCCCACGGAAAUCGAUUCUCGCGAAUGUGGCUGUGAGAUCAUUCAAGCUGUUCUGUAUCGGAUUGUGCCUGAAUUCAAUCAGCGGUCCUCAAAUGGCCAAUUUACGUUUGUUCGGAGUGCUACAGAGAUUUGGUGUGGCGUAUUUCGUGGUUUCUGCGAUUCAUCUAUAUUGCUACAGUGAGGGUGCACAGUUUCAGAGCAGGUUUGCCAAACCGAAUGUGGACAUUCUGCGUUUGUGGAAGCAUUGGAUUGUCAUGGGUGGAAUCGUCUUCAUCUAUUUGCUGGUCAUAUUCCUCGCCCCUGUACCAGGAUGCCCAAGUGGCUACUUCGGACCUGGAGGAAAGCAUCUGAUGGUGAUGCAUCCCAACUGUACCGGAGGGAUUGCCGGUUACCUGGAUCGCAUUAUUCUGGGCGUCUCUCACCUUUACCAACAUCCGACGGCUCGAUACGUCUACGAUACGCAGGCUUUUGAUCCGGAAGGAGCGUUCGGAUGCCUGCCUACGCUACUGCAAGUGUUCCUGGGGCUGCAGUGUGGCGUGCUGAUACUUACCCAUACCGGGGUGUCAGCCCGGAUUCGAAGAAUGUCCGCCUGGGGAGUGGUACUGGGACUGAUCGGUGGCAUCCUGUGCGGAUUCAGUAAAAACGAAGGAUGGAUACCGAUCAACAAGAAUCUCUGGUCACUGUCCUAUGUGAUGGUAACGGCCUCGUUGGCGUUUUUCCUGCUGCUCAUCUGCUACGUGCUGAUUGAUGUUAAACGGUUUUGGAGUGGAAAUCCGUUUCUUUACGCGGGAAUGAAUGCAAUCAUCUUGUACGUGGGACACACCAUUUUCCAUCAUAUGCUUCCAUGGCAUUGGAGGAUCGGACUGAUGAAUACUCAUUUUAUGCUAAUGUGCGAAGCCUUGUGGAAUACAGUUCUUUGGAAUGGAAUUGCUUAUUACUUGUUCAAGAAGAAAAUAUUCUACAGCUUGUAAAGCGUUGAGAAUUUUAUUAAAGACUUUUUCGUUAUG